AUGGAGCUCAUUAACCUCCAUUUGACGCCACUGAACUGGCUACUUUCACGAUGCAGAAGGGACAAGAAGGGGAAGGAGGAGGAGGAGGAGGAGGAGGAGGAGGAGGAGGAGGAGGAGGAGGAGGAGGAGGAGGAGGAGGAGGAGGAUGAUGGACGAUUCUAA